AUGCUAGAGGAUGAUGUUAUUGAUAAACAGGAAACCGAGGAAUACAUAAAAAAGAGAGAUUUAGAAAAAGCUGUGUCAAAUCCAGAGGUGGAGUAUCUAAAUGAAACCGUAUUUCCAUCACUGAAACGAGCCUUAAUAGAAAUGCUGUUGAAAGUGAAAGAGGAUAAUAGCUUUACUCAUCCUAAUGGUACUUUAAAUGGGCUGGAUUAUUUGAGUGAAGUUUUAUAUAACCGGAAUCCAAAUCAUCCCGAAAGGGAAUCCAACUGGACUUAUAUAUUCGACAUGCAGUGGGUGCAAGACUAUUUAGAUCAACAUCCGAGACCACGUUAUCCCUUCCGUCUCAUAUGGACAAAGGAUUUUGCAGCAUUAAAGAUACAGUCUUUCAUGAGAGGUCAUUGGGUCAGAAGUAGACCGGAUGUUCAAGAGCUUCGACUGUUUUGGAAGACGUUAAAAUAUGAUACACCUUAG